ACAGCAGCCACGCGCGCGCGCCCGAGUGCCUGCCUUUCAACAAACGCUGAGACGGUGACCAGUCGUUUCGCUCAUCCAAGAGGUCGCCGUACUCAUCAACUCAUUGAGAAACUUCUUCGUCCCCAAGAUGGAGCCCUCGCAGGACUUCACGACACUCCAAGAGAGUGUGCAAAAGUCUCUUGUUUCGACUGUCAAGACGACGAAUCGCAUCGCCGCCGAAGACCUCACGUUCCAGCGAACAGUCAAUCCUACCGUUGCACAAUGCCUCGACGAUCAAUCGGCCCGCCUGCGCGAUCUCACGACACGGCUACUCAAAUCUGCGGCUGAUGUCUGCGGACUGACGGCGCCGACACUCGAAGAUGCGGAGGACAUUGAUAUGAACUGGCGUGGUGUGGUGGAUGUCGUCGACACGGUCUUGGAGAAGGCCGAUACUGCGCUGGACGAGUACACUGGCUUGAUCAAACGCAAGGAUCCUCCGGGCGCCGAGAAUGGCGCGGAUGCGAAGAAGCAGAAAGCCACGCCCAAGGUGGUGCGCAACGCCAACAUCAUGAAGCCUCAGACCACAUUUGAGCUUCAGCCCGAGAACUCUCCGGACGGCCCCUGGAAGCCCAUCAUCACCAAGAAGCACCACGCGGUAUUGCCUCUUAAGAAGAGCCUUGUCACGUUCACCACACCCAGCGGUUCGACCCAGUACAAGCACCCUUACGAAGCCGAAAUCACCCAAAACGACUAUCCGAACCGGGUGUUCGAAAAAGCAGAGCCCAUCAAGUUUAGACCGAUGGAGGAGUCGGAUGUCACGUACAUUGACACCUACGAGGGCGUGCUGGAGAUGCUGGAACACCUCAAGGAGGCGGAGGAAAUCGCAGUCGACUUGGAGCACCAUGAUUUCCGAACGUACACCGGCCUCGUCUGCUUGAUGCAGAUCAGCACGCGUGAGCGCGACUUUAUCAUCGACACUUUGCAGCCAUGGCGCCACAAGCUCGAGGUACUCAACGAAGUCUUUACCGAUCCAGGCGUUGUCAAGGUCUUUCACGGUGCGCACAUGGACAUGAUCUGGCUGCAGAGGGACCUGGGUCUUUACGUCAAUGGUCUCUUCGACACCUACUUUGCUUGCAAGCUCCUGCAGUACCCCGGCCGUGGCCUUGCAUUCCUCCUCUCGAAAUUUGCAGGUUUCACUGCCGACAAGCAAUACCAACUUGCGGACUGGCGCAUGCGACCGAUCCCAUCAGAGAUGAUGUACUAUGCCCGCUCAGAUACCCACUAUCUGCUAUAUAUCUACGACGAGGUUCGCAACCAGCUCAUCGAUGCGUCAGAUCGAAGCAACCCCGAGACCGACCUCAUUCAGCAAGCUGUGGAUGCUUCCAAGGAAGUCUCUCUGUACCGCCACGAACAUCUCGACUUUGAUGAGAAGACUGGCGAAGGAACCAGGGGCUGGUACAACUAUGUGCUCAAGAACGGGCACUUGGCUCUGAACGCCGAUCAAUUCGCUGUCUUCCGCGCGCUUUGGAAGUGGAGAGACACAGCCGCGCGACGAGAAGACGAGAACCCCAACUACAUCAUGAGUACGACUACACUGACUCAGAUCGCUCGGACAUGUCCACCAGACCAGAAGGCGCUGCACAGCUUACUGCCACCCAGUCCACCCAUAGCGAAGCGAAAUCUGAGUGAAAUCUGGCAGACAGUGAAGAAGGUGAAAGCUGAGGGUGGCCCAAGCUUGCUACAAUUUCUUACUUCUUUGGAGCCAGAGUCGUUGAGCAAGCACGGGGUACCUCGAGUUGCCAAGUCCAGUAGCAAUCUGCCGGUUGUUGAUGGUGAGGUGGCGAUCCGGAGUCUCCCCAAAUCCCAGCUAUUUGGCACCAUGCCAAUUAGCUCGCGGUGGGAAGAGACACGGAAGGACGAGAGGGCCGACGAGACCGUGCCUUUCCCGUGGCAAAAAUUCGUCCAAGGCGCCGCCAAUGGCGAGGCAUCUGCAACUCCAGCAAUUGACACACAUGCUGGCGAUACAGCGUCUCGGGACGACGAUGAGCCGGCGCCAGAGCUUCCACUUGAGCAAGAGGAAGACGAUGAGUUCACGCUCAAGCGCGGCAAGAGGCGCAAGGUGGAAACUGAAGAUUCAGACUCCACGAGCGACGAGGAGAGCUCAGGGGAAGCCGAGCAGGAAUCUGAAGGGGAGAAAGAACCCGGAGAUGGCGUACUUGAGGUGGACGUUAAGCCGAUCCCGAAGAAGAAGAAGAAGAAGGACAAGUACCAGGUAGCUGAGGAUCACGAGGAAAGGCAGGCCGCCAUUGAGGAAAAGAGGCGCAAAAAGGCAGAGCGCCAACAGCGCCAGAAGGAGAAGAUCCAGCGGAAACGCGACGACGAGAAGAAGUCCUUCUCCGCGGUGCCGUUUGACUACAGUCAAGCAGCCAGUGUCAUCAAUGCGGACCGCGAUGCCGCCAAGGAGGCUGAGGCGGCCAAGGGGAAGAAGCAGAAGAAGCAAAAGGUCUUUGACCCGUACGUCAAGUCGGUGGAGGAGGGUGUGAAGGGCGCGAGAAAGGCGCCUCCGAUCAAGGGUGAGAGGAGCGCUACAUUUAGAAAAUAGCCAGCUGGAGAUCAAUCACCAUGUCUUAAUUGCGUUAC